CACACACACACACACACACACAGACGGACACAGUUCAGUGCUCGUUGUUUCGGAGCCUCCUCAGCUGUCCUGCGCGUCGUUUACAUUGUGAUAGAGGCCCGUAGAAGCUGCCAUGACAUAUUUCACCUCAAAGGAAGCAAGAGUUGAACAAGUUGUGUUAAAUCGCGUGGGAUCAAAGUAAGCGAGGGGACGUUUGGUGGACACCGACCGACUGGAAGAGCGGAGCACCACGUUCACGUUACACCAAAAUGGCAACCCCCUAUGUCCAAGAUGAGUCUGCUCACAGGAAAAUCAACAAAGAUGUUGAAAGCACUUUCACCAAAAACUGUGGGAGUUCUAGGAAUGAUGAACAUAAUGUGUCUGCAGGAAUGGAGGUUGCUGCUAAUAAUAACAACCCAACAUCAACCCUUGAAACUAAAUGCCUGACAGACAUAGGGAAAUUCAUUGCUUCCACUCAGCGACCAGAUGGAACAUGGAGGAAGCCGAGGCGGGUCAAGGAUGGUUAUACUCCUCAGGAAGAAGUACCAGUCUAUGAAAACAAGUUUGUGAAGUUUUUCAAGGGAAAACCAGACCUGCCACCUGGGAUGAAUCCGUCCGAGGCGGCUACGCAGAAGCAAAAGAUUCCCGGUUGCGGGGACGCUGAGGCGGCCGGUCUCUCAAAGUCCGCCAAGCGCAACAUGAAACGCAAAGAAAAGCGAAAACAGCACGGGGACGGGGACGCGGACGUGGACUUGGUGAGCGACGCCGUCGAGAAUGCGUCUAUUUCAGAGAGUGGCGAGUGUUCCAACAAGACGGCGGUGCCAGUUUCUGUCUCGACUCCCGAUGAUUCAUCGGCAGAAGCAGACGAAAAGGCCAAGAAGAUCAAAAACCUGAAAAAGAAGCUGCGGCAAGUUGAGGAAUUGAAGCAUAAAGUGGACUCAGGGGAAAUAACAGAGCCAACAAAGGAUCAGUUGGAAAAACUGCUUCGGGUUCCGGCUUUACAGGAUGAGUUACGGCAGCUCGAGCGUGAUUCUUGAAGCAAUAAAAGAAAAGCAGAGAAGAGUCGGACAGACUAAGCGUACAAAUUACAUACCGAGAGACGGGGAAGGGACCUUUUGCAGCUUUGUGAUCAUGGCUUCCAUUUAAACAUUAUUCUACCUAUUUGAUAUUCAUCAUGAACACAGGGCAGGACAGGAAGUCCUCGUAGCAGGCAUCACAUCUCCAGAACUGACAAGCCGGUUUUCUAGUUUCACAUCUCCAGGAAACAAUGUGACUCCUACUCAUACACUUGUAUUUGCCAGGCCACUCAUCUAUGAAUAUCUUUUAAAGAGUUCAUUGUAAAUUGCUUUUGUGCGUGUCUGUCCUUUUUCCAUUUUGUACCUUUUCGUAGCAUCAGGUAUUACUUACACAUACACUAUUUUCUGUUAAAGAGAAUAUAGUUUGUUGACAUUUAUUUUUGUCAAUGAUUGGACGGCCUCUUGUAGUUGCACUAAUGUUGCGCCACUGUCUACACAGUCAUUACAUUAAAGCUACAUGCUGCGUAACAUGUUUAUCUCAUAUUGUUUUUAGCGGUGGAGUGAACAGCAACUUUAUUUUAGAAGGCAGGAUGUAAAACAAAUCUAUAUUUUGGAUCUUUUGGAAACAAGUUCUACACUUGGGAUAAUGUUGGGGAUAUUGUAUAUUUUUCCUGUUGUCAACAAAUCCAAUAAUGAGUUAUUACUUCAUUGAUCCUACCAACCAGUAUUGUCUCUGUAGCCAAAGCCUGGUCGAGGUUAUUCCUCUGUGCCAUAGAGCUCCAUUGUUAUAACUAAAAAAUGAAUAAAAAUGCAAUAAAGUACAUCGAUGAGCCACACUGUUGCACUUGAUGACAUGUUCCUUUAUUGUGAUGAACAUGGACACUGUAGUUACUUUGAGUUGAUCCCACAUACACCGUCCUACUUCCGUAAAUACUUUAACUAGAACAUCAAAUGUGUAUUAAUCCGCGUCUGAAGAUGGUCUCCAAUAAAUACACUAACUCUUAAAGCUACAGUGCCCAGCUGUUUUAGCAGUGAUGUGACCAAUGUGACCCGUUAUUAGGUAUGUACACUUUCAGUAAGAACAAAUAGACAAUAUGAAGACAUCAUAGGGUUUGUUUGUGAUAUUCAACAGUUUCUAAAAUAGCACUUUCUAUGAACUGUGAAAACUGGAGUCCAUAAACUAAUUUUACAUCCUGAUUUCAUACUACAAGCUAUUUGUAUACAGUAUAUACUAUACUUUUCAUUAAAGUACACCACGUUCUGCAGUUGAUUUACAAGAAAUCAACAUACAAUACGUGCAGCAGUGGACUGCUUCUUUAGAGCUGGCUAUUCAACUUCACAUAUAAAGCAAAAAUGUUUUUUGAAAUAUGAAUUUUUGGGUUUUAAAUCUUUGUCUUUUUAAAAUAAUUUGACCCACCUCCCUUUUGUUGGUGCAUUGCGUUGUGGGAGAAUACCUGCCAUUGAAAGUAAUAAUCAAGCAUGUUUGUCACUUUUCCAGUGUGAACACAUUACAAACGAGAAAACCUGCCUAUAAGUAUGCAGUUCGAACCUUACAGUUUUGUUCUGCUGAAUCAAUCAAUAACAAUCAAUUGUUGAGUUUAAGUUGGCAAACGGCAGAAGGAUGAGCCUGGACCCUUUUAGUUUUAAACUAAGAGAUGCCCUCUAUUGAUGAGAAAUCAGGGACUGUCCAGUGUUUUUAGCUUUAAAACUUAAUCUGUGGUUAAAUGAAGAAACUGUUAUUUUUUCACACAUGUCUGAGUCUCUUUCCCAUCUGUCCACUCACUAUUUAUGAGCUGCAUGUCUCAGUGUUGAAGGAGGCGUUCUCUGUCUCCAUGCAGAGGACGAAUUGUAGCGAUGGUUACAUGGGGGCGUCAUUGUUUUCCCUUGAAGGGGUUUUCUACAUAGUGAACAAUAUAAUUAGCUGUUGUCUCAUGGAGGAAGUGUGGUGAGUUGUUUUCCUCAUAGAGCUGCAACCAUGAAGUGAAAAAUGUCAAGAUUUAUGUGGAAUAUUGGACAUGUUUCACAGACAUAAAGCUGUAUUUCUGGUAC